UCGCGACUUCCUGAGGCCGGGCCCCGCGCGGCGGCUCCGAUAUCCCAGCGUCCUUCGCGGCUCUUCUUUCUUUUUCCGGCCGGCCAUUUUCUUUCCCGGGAGGGACGUAAGCAGUCAUGGCGCCCAGCCGGAAUGGCAUGAUCUUGAAGCCCCACUUCCACAAAGACUGGCAAAGACGAGUGGCCACGUGGUUCAACCAGCCUGCCCGGAAGAUCCGCAGGAGGAAGGCCCGCCAGGCAAAGGCUCGUCGUAUCGCUCCACGUCCAGUAUCUGGACCAAUCAGACCGAUCGUGAGAUGCCCCACUGUGCGAUACCAUACGAAAGUCCGUGCCGGUAGAGGAUUCAGCUUGGAGGAGCUGAGAAUGGCCGGCAUCAACAAGAAGUUUGCCCGGACGGUCGGUAUCUCGGUGGAUCCCAGGCGCCGUAACAGGUCAACAGAAGCCCUGCAGGCCAAUGUGCAGCGGCUGAAGGAAUAUCGCUCCAAGCUCAUCCUCUUUCCCAGGAAACCUUCUGCCCCCAAGAAAGGAGACAGCUCAGCAGAAGAGCUCAAGAUGGCCACACAGCUUUCUGGAGCAGUUAUGCCCAUCAAAAAUGUCUACAAAAAAGAGAAGGCCCGAGUUAUCUCGGAGGAUGAGAAGAACUUCAAAGCCUUUGCCAGCCUGCGCAUGGCCCGGGCAAACGCUCGGCUCUUUGGCAUCCGGGCCAAGCGAGCCAAGGAAGCGGCGGAGCAAGAUGUGGAAAAGAAGAAAUAAACUCUUUGUUCAGGGCCUGUCAAUAAAGGAGGGGCAUAUUUGGAA